AUGGUUUCUUUGAGAAGCAUCGGGCUGCUAGCCCUCGCUGUUGCGAACACUGGACUUGUAAACGCCCAGACCAAAGUCAGGAUCAUGGCGCUGGGUGACUCCAUCACCGGAAGCCCCGGCUGCUGGCGGGCUCUUCUUUGGCGGGAGCUGCAGGACGCCGGUAUCCAGAACACGGACUUUGUCGGGACGCUCCCUGGACAGGGCUGUGGUUUCGACUACGACGGGGAGAACGAGGGCCACGGUGGAUUCCUAGCCACGAAUAUCGCUAGCCAGAACCAGCUGGUGGGAUGGCUCUCCCAGACCGAGCCCGACGUCGUCAUGAUGCACCUGGGGACCAACGACGUGUGGAGCAACCUGUCGCCGAGCACGAUACUUGGGGCUUUUGACACGCUUGUAGAGCAGAUGCGCGCUAGCAAGCCGACGAUGAAGAUUCUGGUCGCCCAGAUCAUACCGAUGAACCCGCCAAACUGCGCCGGAUGCGGGCAGCGUGUCGUGAAUUUGAACGAGGCAAUUGCGGAAUGGGCUCCAACGGUCACGACGGCGGAAAGCCCCAUUACUGUGGUGGACUGCUGGACGGGAUUUGACACUGCCUCGAUGACCGGCGAUGGUGUCCACCCCAACGAAAACGGGAACGAUGCCAUGGCGAAGUGCUGGUAUGGCCCGCUUGCCGAGGUGAUUAAGGACUCGGCGUAG